CUUCAUGUCUUUGGAUGAACAUGAAGUUAGGGAACAAAGCAAGAUGCAAAAUAUAGCAUUAAACAAACCACACCUUCCUUUUUUGUCUAUACCUAUUAUUCUUUUUAUCCAUUUUUCUUCUUAAUCAAUUUUGUCACAUUCUUUCACUCUGCUCCAUACUCACCAUCUCUGGGGUAAAAACUUAGAGAAAAUGCCCAAGGAUUACAAUGGAUCACCAAAGCAUUAUAGUCAACUUGAAUCAAAGAGAAAUAGACUAACAUGGAUUUUAGGUGUAAGUGGGCUAUGUAUUUUAUCCUAUGUAAUGGGUGCAUGGAAAAAUACACCAACACCUAUUAACCAAUCUGAGGCAUACUCAAAAGUUGAUUGUAACAUUGGAUCAACUCAAUCAAACAAAGGUUCUUCCUCAAAUUUAGAUUUUGCAAGUCAUCAUUCACUUGAGAUAAACAAUCAAGGAGGGUUACAAGAAUUUCCACCAUGUGACAUGACAUAUAGUGAAUACACACCAUGUCAAGAUCCAGCUAGAGGUAGAAAAUUUGAUAGAAACAUGUUGAAAUAUAGGGAGAGACACUGUCCUACAAAAGAAGAGCUUUUGUUUUGUCUUGUACCUGCUCCACCUAAGUAUAAGACACCUUUUAAAUGGCCACAAAGUAGAGAUUAUGCUUGGUAUGAUAAUAUUCCACACAAGGAACUUAGUAUUGAAAAAGCUAUUCAAAAUUGGAUUCAAGUUGAAGGUGAUAGAUUUAGAUUCCCUGGUGGUGGUACUAUGUUUCCUCGUGGAGCUGAUGCUUAUAUUGAUGAUAUUAAUGAGCUUAUUCCUCUUACUAGUGGUAAUAUCAGAACUGCAAUUGAUACAGGCUGUGGUGUAGCAAGUUGGGGUGCUUAUCUUUUGAAAAGGGACAUCAUAGCAAUGUCAUUUGCACCAAGAGAUACACAUGAAGCUCAGGUUCAAUUUGCAUUGGAGAGAGGUGUUCCUGCUAUGAUUGGCAUCAUGGCUUCACAGAGGCUUCCUUAUCCAGCUAGAGCAUUUGAUAUGGCUCAUUGUUCUCGCUGCCUCAUACCAUGGAACAAAUAUGAUGGAAUGUAUUUGAUUGAAGUGGAUAGAGUUCUAAGGCCAGGUGGCUAUUGGAUUCUAUCUGGCCCACCAAUUAGAUGGAAGAAAUACUGGAGGGGUUGGGAAAGGACACAAGAGGAUUUGAAGCAAGAGCAAGAUUCAAUUGAGGAAGUUGCCAAAAGCAUAUGUUGGAAGAAAGUUGUUGAAAAAGAUGACCUUUCCAUUUGGCAAAAGCCUAAAAAUCACAUUGAAUGUGCACAAACUAAACAAGUUUAUAAAACACCACACAUUUGCCAGUCUGAUAAUCCUGACAUGGCUUGGUACCAAAAUAUGGAAAAGUGCAUAACACCAUUACCAGAAGUUGGCAGCUCAAGCAAAGUAGCUGGAGGGGAACUAGAAAAAUGGCCAAAACGUGCAUUUACAGUGCCUCCAAGAAUUAGUAGUGGUUCAAUACCAAACAUCAAUGCAGAGAAAUUUCAAAAGGAUAAUGAAUUAUGGAAGGAUAGGAUGGCACAUUACAAGCAUAUUACACCUAUUGGUCAAGGAAGAUAUAGAAACAUUAUUGAUAUGAAUGCUUAUCUUGGUGGAUUUGCAGCAGCCUUAUUGAAAUAUCCAGUUUGGGUUAUGAAUGUUGUUCCUUCAAAUUCAGCUCAUGACACUUUAGGUGCUAUUUAUGAACGAGGUUUCAUUGGUACUUAUCAUGAUUGGUGUGAAGCUUUCUCAACUUAUCCAAGAACAUAUGAUCUCAUUCAUGCAGGUGGUGUUUUUGGCAUGUAUCAAGAUAGGUGCAACAUUACUGUUAUACUAUUGGAGAUGGACAGAAUCUUGAGGCCAGAAGGUACUGUGGUAUUCAGAGAAGGAGUAGAGCUUCUCACAAAGAUUAAAAGCGUUACUGAUGCAAUGAAAUGGAAGAGCAACAUAAUGGAUCAUGAAAAUGGACCCUUUAACCCAGAAAAGAUUCUUGUUGCUGAAAAGACAUACUGGACUGGUGAAGCUAAAGAUAAUCAUAACUAGUAGAUAGGUUUUUUUUAUUUAUUGCAACUUUCUGUUUCUAUUAUAUAUUUUUUUCCCUCUUAGAGAUUAAUUUUUUCAGAUGUUUUGUUUCAUUGACUCUACAUUUCUAUCUUAUUGCCUAAUUUUGUAUUUUAAAGGCAUGGACUUCAUUGAUAAAUCGAAUCAAUGUUAAUUUUAUUACUCAGAUAAGAAGAUACCAUAAUUCUGUGAAACUGUUGAUUAUAAAUUAUACUUAAUUAGUCUGCAUCUAUUAAUAAAUUUAAUAUACUUUAGCUAUUGUGUAAAUUAUUAAAAAAAGAUAGAGAUGUUUAGAUUUAUAAUGCAAUGAUACAUUUAAAAUCUAUUAAUUAACCAACAUCGCCACAACAUUAAUCUUUGAUUGAAAAUACACUAGAUCUCGAAUUAAAAAAAAAAUGCAAUGUUACUAAAAGAAACUAAUGAAUAGAGCAGUUGUUCAAAUUAAUUGUUAUCUACAAAAAUGAAACCAAAUAUAAUCUGAGAAUGUAUGUAGAUUGGUAUCGGCAGUUGAACACCUUGAAGUUAUGCGAUGAUGUAAUCUAUCUGCAGGCAUGAAAUCAUAAAUACCAUAUAGCUUUUGUUGCUGAUAUUAAACAUAACACUACAUUUUCCCUGACAUUAUUGUGAACCAAUCACAACCCCUUUCAGCCUAAUAUAUGUUACCUUUAAUUAAGAAUUCAGAUUUUUCUUUUGUAAUUUUAGGCUGUGAUCAAAUUUUGAUGACUCAAAAAAAUUAUUUCACUAUCCGAAUUUUAAGUUCCGCAACGAUGAACCAACUCCGGGAGUAUGUCAAUCCCCGGCAGGAUAAUUGUAGUGCAACCCACUUUCAUACACAACAACAAAUUUCGACAAUGAUGUUAAAUCCAUCUUGCCCUCAGAAGCUAUACAUAACUGUAAUACAUGCAAGUAUAACAUACAUCAUCUCUUUACUAAUUCAAAA